ACGUCACGGUCUUUCUUCCUCCUCUGACCGUCCUCUUCCUCUGCAGGUACCUGGUGCUGGAGCACGUCUCCGGGGGGGAGCUGUUCGACUACCUGGUGAAAAAGGGCCGGCUAACGCCUAAAGAGGCCCGGAAGUUCUUCAGACAGAUCAUCUCAGCGCUGGACUUCUGCCACAGCCACUCCAUAUGCCACAGAGAUCUGAAGCCCGAGAACUUGUUGUUGGACGAGAAGAACAACAUCAGGAUAGCAGACUUUGGCAUGGCGUCUCUGCAGGUCGGGGACAGUCUGCUGGAGACCAGCUGUGGAUCUCCUCACUACGCCUGCCCAGAGGUGAUCAGGGUGAGUGCUCUCUCUCUGAAAGGCUGUUACAUCAUCACUGCCCCCACUGGGGGGGGAUCAGCUGUUUGAUGGCAGUUCUUUGUUUCCGUACUUCCUGUUCCUCCUGAGGACCGAACCGAAGAUGUUUCGUUAUUCCUUUCAGAUCUUGUUUUUAUUCCUUUUCUGUUUUGUAAAUGAGAAAUGAGAGCGUAUGUUGGCUUUUACUUUGAAAGGGUCUUUUUUCUUUUUAUUGUUGGACGACUGUUUUAGAACUAACGGACAAUAGUGAAGAGGUUAUGAUGUGAGACUCAGCUCUCUAUCUCUCUCUCUCUCUCUCUCUGUCUGUCUGUCUGUCUGUCUGUCUCU